AUUAAUCAAAAUGUCAAGCCCAUAUCUGAAUGCAGUGACUUGCACUGGGAGUAUGCUAUCAAAUAGCUGCUGUCUCAUUUAUGGUCUCCAAGUCUAUACUCAAUAUCACAGCUUUGCAGCAACAUUGCUUUGCCAGAUACGUGCUUGGUUUCUGGUUUGUUCUUUUACUCUGAUUUUGGUGCCAAUUUUGGCGAAAUGUUGGCGUGUCAACCAAAUCUUCAAGAAAGCAGCUUUCAAGAGGAUAGUUAUUAAAGAUUUACGGUUGUUUAUUUUCAUUGGAGCAAAUCUAUCUGUAGACAUGAUUUUCAUGACAUUCUGGCAAGCUCUGGAUCCAUUAAAGCAUCGAUUUAUUCCAAUAAUUACCAAAGUAAGUGAUAUUUAUAUAUGUUUAUCAUUAGAUUUAUAACGUUUAUAGAUAUGAGAUUACAUGA